AUGGAGCGACUAUGGCGUGCUGUCUGCUGGCAGAUGUUGCUACUAUGGAGUCUGAGCAUCAUAGGAUACGAGGCUCAGACUCAGAAAGAAAACCUGACAAUCGGGUACAUCACGUCGAUGGACGGACCGCCUCUGGUGCAGGCAGAGGGACGCUCCAUCUCGGGCGCCAUGAGCCUGGCCGUCAACGUUAUCAACGAAAACCCCAGCAUCCUUCCCAACCACACCCUGCGGUUUAUUUUCUCAGACAAUCACGCCGACCCUCUGGCAAGUGUCCACGUGCUCACGGAGCAGUGGAGGGCGCAGGCUAUUGCCUUCAUUGGACCCGAGGGCUACUGUGAGACAGAGGCGCGGGUGGCCGCCUCUUGGAACCUACCCAUGGUGUCUUACAAAUGCAGCGACCCCGUGGUGUCCGACAAGAGUCGAUUCCCAACGUUCGCCAGAACUCAACCGUCCAGCUCUCUCUCGGGCAGCUCCGUGGUGCGGCUGAUGCUGUACUACGGCUGGAGGAAGUUUAGCAUCGUCGUGGAGCUCAACGACCUGAUGAUCGAGCAGGACAGAAGCUCAAGAUCUUGGCCAAACAUUUAUGUUCUGUUCACGUGCACCAAGGCCUUUCAGGAUAUGGUGAACUUUCUACAGGAGAUGGGGCUCACAGACACAGGGGAAUAUGUCGUCAUCGGCAUACGGGAUGAUGAGACAUACGAUGAAACGAAAGCCUCCAGCCUCGUCAUACCUGACACAGAGUUUCGGGAGUUGAACACUAACAAUACAAUCCGGGCCUUCCGGUCCGUCCUGAUGCUCAUAUCGACUCCGCGCACUAACCCCAACUUUAGUGUCUGGGAGGACAACGUCCGCCACCUGCUACACAAACCACCGUUCAACUGCCGGAGUCCCCGCUACAGAAUGCAGGUGUAUGCCCGAGCUCUCCACGAAGUCCUCAUAAGCGGCGGAGACAUUCGCAACGGAACGGAUAUUUUCAAUCGCAUCAAAGACAGAACCUUCCAAGGUAUACAAGGACAUGAAGUUUACAUCGACGAAAAUGGUGAUGCAGAGGCUAACUUUACCGUGCUGGCACUCAGACCUGACACCGGUAUCUAUGGCUAUGCCAUGAGGCCCAUAGGGCGAUUUCUGAGAGACACACUCGACAGACACAAUCUGACAUUCAUAGAAGAUGUAAAAGUAUACGGAGAGUUUAUUCCCUUGGACGAACCAGAGUGCGGUAUGAAGGGCAGAAAUGUAAACCCCAACCCAAUGUAA